AUGCCCACCAACCAAGCCGCCUGGCUGAUGGCCUCCCGAGCCCAUCUACUACAGGUCCAGUCGGCGCCCUACACGCCUCCACGCGAGGGCGAGAUCGUCAUCCGCAACCACGCCGUGGCCAUCAAUCCCAUCGAUUGGGCCCUCCAGGGCCAAGGCACUUCCCUCAUGUUUCGCUGGCUCACCUAUCCUUGCAUUCUGGGCACCGACAUCGCUGGCGAGGUAGUCGAGGUAGGCCCCGGUGUCACCCAGUAUCGAGUGGGCGAUCGAGUGCUAGGCGACGCCAGUGGAAAGAAUGAGAAGAUCAAUACCCCAUCCCAGGGCGGGUUUCAGCUCUACGUGGUGCUGGCGACGCAUAUGGUCACCCGCAGUCCAGCGUCCCUGUCAUAUGAAAAGGCCGCCGUCUUGCCCUUGGGCAUCGCCACUGCUGCCUGUGGCCUCUUUGAACCCAACCAACUCAACCUGUCCUAUCCCUCUGCCAAUCCAACCCCGACCGGCCAGACCGUCAUCAUCUGGGGCGGAUCCACCAGCGUGGGCAGCAACGCCAUCCAACUCGCAGUCGCGGCCGGGUACGAAGUGUUCACCACCGCGUCCCCCCACAACUUCAAGUACGUGACGAUCCUGGGCGCAACCAAGGUAUUCGACUACAAGAGCUCGACCAUCGUGCCUGACAUGAUCGCCGCAUGUCGGGGAAAGACCCUUGCCGGGGCGCUGGCGGCAGGCUCCAACGCCGCAGACAGUUGCAUGGCCAUCCUGGCACAUGCCGUCGCACCUCCCAAGUACUUCACCACCCUGAGGACAAUGAUCUCCUUCUUCCGCGGAAGUCUCUCCUACUGGAUCAAAUCCCGCACUGCGGGCAUCCAGUACAACUAUAUUUUUGCCUCCACGUUGUAUGACAAUGGGAUUGGUGAAAUGAUCUUCGCCGACUUCCUCCCGACGGCGCUGGCGGAGGGUCGAUAUAAGGUGGUUCCCGAACAGGUCGUGCAUGGAAAGGGGUUGGAGAGGAUCCAAGGGGCCAUAGACUAUCAUAAGCAGGGCUUGUCUGCGAAGAAGGUCGUCGUUUCGUUGUAA